CUGCAACUGCGUAUACAACGUGGGCAAGUCCUGAGUCGCUGGGAGCGACCAUGACGCUCAGCCUUCCGGGUUGUAGGGUUGUAGGUGAUGUAAAAGGGGCCGCGAGGCAAGAGCUCAGCGCGAAGUCGCGUAGGCUGAUAAGUAGAACUCCGAUCCACUGCACGCCAAUUGGCGAUUAAUCAAUCGGCUAAGUGACGUAGUUUUCCAGCGCCAUUCGUUGCUUUCCAAGCGCCUUGCUCGGUGAAUCAUGGCGCCGGCGAGGCCUGAAGCAAGACGGCAGGCCGGAGAUUUUAAGACCCGCGGUGAAGGCGAUUCAGCAGUCAGCUUCAGGAAAAAGAGUGUUAAACGGAGAACAUGGCGACCUUAUCACAUGCAGACCUUCAUGGGCAGUGUUCGCGAAGGAAAAGGCUUUGCAUUUCGAAGAAAGAUGAAGAUUCAGCAAAGCUACAAGAAAUUGUUAUGGAGGUCAAAGAAGGCUCAGGCUUCCCAGGAAUCUCAGUUCACAGAUCAAUACCCUGAUCACCUGAAGCAUCUUUAUGUAGCAGAGGAGAAAAGAUUAAGGAAGCAACUUAGAAAAGUCUAUCAGCCUUUGUCAGAAGAACAAGUUAAUCAGACUUUACCAGAAGAACAAGGUAACAGUGACAAGGCUUUGUCUGAAGAGCCUUGUAGUAUUGGCAAACCUCAGCCUGAAGAAGCACAGUAUAUCAAAAGAGUAAACUCUGUUGGUAUUCCAAGGAAAAAUAAAAGGAAAACAUCAAAUCAGAAAGCACAAGAAGAAUAUGAACAGGUGCAAGCUAUGCGUUCUGCUAAAAGACAAGAAUUUGAGAGAAGAAGACAAGAAAGAGAAGAAGCUCAGAGACUCUACAAAAAGAGGAGAAUGGAAGUAUUCAAAAUAUUGAAUAAAAAGACUAGAAAGGGCCAACCAAACUUUAAUUUACAAAUAGAGUACCUUCUUAAAAAAAUUCAAGAAAAAAAUUGACAUUUUGUUCUUAAGGCUUAAAAUAUGUUAAAAUAUGUAUCCAUUUGUUUACUUUUUUAAAAUUAUUAUAUGUAAUAUACCUCCUCAAAACUACAUUUUUCAACAUUAUGAUGAAUUAAUAAACUAUAUUAAGUAUAAAA